AUGUCCGCCUCUCCACCCAACCUGCAAUCGACGAAGCGUCCUCUUGAGGAUCCCUCUUCCCCCUCGGGCCCGACCGAUCAGCCGGAUGCCAAGCGCCCAGCGCUCGACAAAGUCGCGCGCAACGAUGCAGACGCCGAGGCUGAGGCUCAACCUGAGGUCUCCACCGACAAGCCCACCGUUUCCGAGGAGUCCAAAGACAAUCAGGGUGAUACUGUCGUCCCCGACGCUCCCAAUGGCAAAGCCCAGCCAGACACUCAGCCAAUCCAGUCUACAGCUUCCCAGGGCGAGCGAACUGGCUCUCAAUCUGAGAACCAAGCUUCUCAGGACGAAUCAAGCUGGAUUCACAUUCGUGCUGUGAUCUCUAGCCCCGAAGCUGCCACUGUCAUUGGCAAGGGAGGUGAGAACGUUUCUCAGAUCCGUCGAAUGUCUGGCGCCAAGUGCACUGUCAGCGAUUACUCCCGGGGUGCCGUCGAACGGAUCUUGACCGUAAGCGGCGCCCAAGAUGCCGUUGCGAAGGCUUUCGGUCUAAUUAUUCGCACCUUGAACAAUGAGCCCAUUGACGCUCCUUCUACUGCCCAGUCCAAGACUUACCCUCUGCGUUUGCUAAUCCCCCACAUUCUUAUCGGAUCUAUCAUCGGCAAGGGUGGCAGCCGUAUCCGCGAGAUUCAGGAAGCGUCUGGUGCGCGACUGAACGCCUCCGAUGCCUGUCUGCCUCUCUCUACCGAACGUUCCUUGGUCAUUCUCGGUGUCGCCGAUGCCGUCCACAUUGCCACCUACUACGUGGCUGUGACCCUGGGAGAGCAGUUGUCUGAGCGCUUUGGUGGUCCUGCGGCGUCCGCCUACGCUACACGCAGUGGUGGACCUGCAGGUGCUGUGCCGGGUGGUAUGCAAGUGGUGCCGUAUGUUCCUCAGCCUGCUGGGGGUCAGUACGGACACCCGGAUACUUUCAAGCGCAACCAUCCUCAUUCGAACCGCGGCCAGCCCAGUGCUUAUGGUGUGCCAUACCUACAAGGUCAAGCCCCUGCCCCCGUGGCUCAACCGGCCAUGCCAUAUGGUGCGGCUGCUCACACACCGUAUGCUGGCGCAGCACCUCACCAGCCUGCUCCUUACGUCGGGGGACCUCAGCCUCCUGCAGGUCGUGGGGGCGCUCCUACUGCUCCCGCCCCCGUGGGUGGUGCUAUGCCCGGUCAGCCCUUGACGCAGCAAAUCUAUAUCCCCAACGAUAUGGUCGGUGCGAUUAUUGGUAAGGGUGGUGCCAAGAUCAAUGAGAUCCGUCACCUUAGUGGUAGCGUGAUCAAGAUCAAUGAGCCCCAGGAGAACAGCAAUGAGCGUUUGGUCACCAUCACUGGCACCCAGGAAUGCAACCAAAUGGCAUUGUACAUGCUCUACUCUCGACUUGAGAGCGAGAAGCACCGUGUCUAA